AUGCACUACAGAGAGAACCCUGCCCUUGCAUGUUAUGCACCCCUCGCCCCUCCUCCUCAGCCACUUCAUGGUUAGUGUCAUCACCAUCAUACUUGAGUAUAUGCGGCCGACCAGAAGGUGCCGUAUCGUGGAUAGUACUCGUACAGUACUCGAGUACGUACUGCCAAACAACCGCGCAUCACAUACCGGUAAGCAUGAUUCUAGCUUACGGUACAUAGCUUCCCGAACUCGCCUCCCUUUCUAAGAAAGCACUGUUUCUAGACUAUUUCUUGCGGAGCAAAACCUAAAAUUAAGAAAUCACAUGCCCCUUGGCGUACUUUUUUUCCUUUCUCCACACCUACCCUACCACGAUCUACACUGCAGUGCAAUGCAGUACGUCAGGGAGAACCCGGAAUACGGCAACCGGUGGAAAGAUGUGGUCAUGUAGGUGGAGAGGGGUGAGGGGUUUGGAGUUUUUGGAAUUAUGGAAGGCACACAAGUGUGAGGUCAGUCCUCAAGGGGCAAGCUCUCCGGAGAUGGAAGACCAAGUAACAUGGAAGAAGGGGGAUACUGAACACCCUAUGGAUGAAAGGUAGGGGUCUUUUUUUGUAUUUUUGUUUUUGCUCAAUUGCCCUUUCGAUAGGUGCACCUACAACCGUCUUACCUGUGCCAAUAAAUGGCGUCGGUGUGCACUGAUGUGUCGUCAUUUUCUGGAUCUUUAUUCGCCGGGUCGCGCCGCAGGCGG